AGGAGGAGGCGGCGAAUCACUUAUAAAUGGCGCCCAAGCAGGACCCGAAGCCGAGAUUCCAGGAGGGUGAGCGAGUACUGUGCUUUCAUGGGCCUCUCCUUUAUGAAGCAAAGUGUGUUAAAGUUGCCAUAAAGGACAAACAAGUGAAAUACUUUAUACAUUACAGUGGUUGGAAUAAAAAUUGGGAUGAAUGGGUUCCAGAGAGCAGAGUACUCAAGUACGUGGACACCAAUCUGCAGAAACAGCGAGAACUCCAAAAAGCCAAUCAGGAGCAGUAUGCAGAGGGGAAGAUGAGAGGGGCUGCUCCAGGAAAGAAGACAUCUGGUCUGCAACAGAAAAAUGUUGAAGUGAAAACAAAAAAGAACAAACAGAAAACACCUGGAAAUGGAGAUGGUGGCAGUACCAGUGAGACACCUCAGCCUCCCCGGAAGAAAAGGGCCCGGGUAGAUCCUACUGUUGAAAAUGAAGAAACAUUUAUGAACAGAGUUGAAGUUAAAGUAAAGAUUCCUGAAGAACUAAAACCAUGGCUUGUUGAUGACUGGGACUUAAUUACCAGACAAAAACAGCUGUUUUAUCUUCCUGCCAAGAAGAAUGUGGAUUCUAUUCUAGAGGAUUAUGCAAAUUACAAGAAAUCUCGAGGAAACACAGAUAAUAAGGAGUAUGCCGUUAAUGAAGUUGUGGCAGGAAUAAAAGAAUACUUCAACGUAAUGUUGGGUACUCAACUGCUCUACAAAUUUGAGAGACCACAGUAUGCUGAAAUCCUUGCAGAUCAUCCUGAUGCACCCAUGUCCCAGGUGUAUGGAGCACCACAUCUACUGAGAUUAUUUGUGCGAAUUGGAGCAAUGUUGGCCUAUACUCCUCUGGAUGAGAAGAGCCUUGCUUUAUUACUGAAUUAUCUUCACGAUUUCCUCAAAUACCUGGCAAAGAACUCUGCAACUUUGUUUAGUGCCAGCGAUUAUGAAGUGGCCCCUCCUGAAUACCAUCGGAAAGCAGUGUGAGGAGGGCACUGUUUGCUCACUUGUGUUUGGAUCUCUGUAAACACAUUUUUGUUCUUAGUCCUUCUCUUGUACAAAUGAUGUACUUUGAAGAUGUUAGUGUAUAACAGAAUUGAUGUUUGUUUUCUGUUUGAAUUUAAACAGAGAAAAUAAAAGGGGUCACUGCUCCCUUUUCCUUUC